AUGACGGAACGCCAUACGUUUGGUGGGACGGUUAACCCAAUCACUUGCCAUGCCUGGAACAAAGAUCGUUCCCAAAUUGCUAUCUCGCCCAACAAUAACGAGGUGCAUAUCUAUAAGCGCGAGGGUUCCGAAUGGAAGCUGACCGACGUGCUGAAUCAGCACGAUUUGCGCGUGAUGGGUAUUGAUUGGGCGCCCAACACGAACCGCAUCGUAACGUGUGCCGUCGAUCGGAAUGCUUACGUGUGGACGCAGGGUGAUGAUGGAAAGUGGAAACCGACCUUGGUGCUGUUACGCAUUAACCGAGCGGCCACCUGCGUGCGUUGGUCACCGUUGGAGAACAAGUUUGCCGUUGGUUCGGGUGCCCGACUGAUCUCGGUGUGCUACUUCGAAUCCGAGAACGAUUGGUGGGUUUCGAAGCACAUUAAAAAACCGAUCCGCUCAACGGUGACGUCGCUCGAUUGGCACCCGAACAAUAUGUUACUGGUGGCUGGCUCCACCGACUACAAGGUGCGCGUAUUUUCCGCCUUCAUCAAGGACAUCGAACAGCAUCCGGAACCGACGGCCUGGGGACCGAAGAAACCGCUCGGCCAGAUACUGGCCGAGUUUAAGAACUCGAGCAGUGGUGGCGGGUGGGUGCACAGCGUAAGCUUCUCGGCCGAUGGCAAUCGGAUCUGCUGGGUAGGUCACGAUAGUGCGAUCAACAUCGGCAUGGCGAAUGGGGGGAACGUCGGCAUCAAGCAGAAGACGGAGUAUUUACCGUUUUUGUGCUGUGAGUGGAUCUCGCCCCAUUCCAUUUUGGUUGCGGGACAUAGCUGCGUGCCGCUGAUUUACACGGUGGCCGAUGGGGGCAAAGUCGUGCUGGCCGUCAAGCUUGAUCAAUCCACGAAGAAGGAACAGAGUGGCAUUUCGGCCAUGCGCAUCUUCCAGUCGCUUGAUCGUAAUCUACGCACGGAGAACUCCGACACCAACCUGGAAUCGAUUCACCAGAAUGCAAUCACAAGCGUUUGCGUGUACAGUGGUGAGAAGGGCAAUGUGCAGCGUGUAAGCACCUCCGGACUGGAUGGCCAACUGGUUAUUUGGGACAUCGAUACACUUACACGGUCCAUGCAGGGACUGAAGCUUUAA